UUCUCUGUCUCUCUCCAACAGGCACACACACCCUCUAGCAAAAACAAAAACAAAAUCAAAAAACAAAACAAUGCUACAAUACCAAGUAGUGUCUAAAACCCCCUUCAGCCUAUGUGUAUAAGGUGCAUGUGAAACGUCAGUGAAUCUCGUGCUUAGAACUCGGUCCUAUCCCCAGGAUAGUGCAUGUGUAUAACAUAUCGCACACUCACGCUCCUAUACACUUCUGGUUCGAAGCCCUUUAGAGAAGGGCUGUCAGUUGUGCUAUCAUUGUCGCUGAUUCGGUUGAGAACGCUGCGGAAAGCGCGAACAGCAAGGGUAGAAGCCGGACUCCGACCUAGUACAAAUCCCUAUCCUUCCGACAGCCGCCUCUAGUUGUUCAUCCUGCCCAGUGCUCCGGGGUGGGUAGGGUCUGUGUGGCUUCCUUCCUCUUUUCUGUCCUCAGCAGCCAGUGGGUGAGACCUGGGAGUAGCGGCCAUGGCUCUGCAGAGGCUGUGAUUCUGCCCCCCAGAGCUGUCCACAGCUCUAGAAGACCCAGGGAACUCACACGGCUCUUGGCCUGAGCGCCCGUUACUGCGAGGAAGGAGGCUUUUGCCAAGGACUCCGAGGGGAGUGGACUCUGGUUGGGACCCAAGACACCCAGCCCUUGCCGAGACAUUGUGUGAGCCGGGCUGGGCUUCCAGACGUGGCCCCUGCUGCCCCACCCCAGCCAGGGUGGUGCUUGUGUGGGAAGCACUUUAAAUCCGGCUGCCAGACCCCUGGACGGGAGAAGCAGCAAGGGCCGGCCACCAUGAGCAACUCCUGCGGUCUCCUGGCGCUCCUGCCGCUGCUACUGCUGGUGGCCUCCGCAGGCCCGGCUGGAGCCCUCAAGGAUGAGGAGAAGCGUCUGAUGGUGGAGCUGCACAACCUCUACCGGGCCCAGGUGACCCCGCCAGCCUCGAACAUGCUGCAGAUGAGCUGGGACGACGAGCUGGCCGCCUUCGCCAAGGCCUACGCGCAGCAGUGCGUGUGGGGCCACAACAAGGAGCGCGGGCGGCGCGGCGAGAACCUGUUCGCCAUCACCGACGAGGGCGUGGACGUGCAUCUGGCCAUGGAGGAGUGGCACCACGAGCGCGAGCACUACAACCUCAGCGCCGCCGCCUGCGACCCGGGCCAGGUGUGCGGCCACUACACGCAGGUGGUCUGGGCCAAGACAGAGAGGAUUGGGUGUGGCUCCCACUUCUGCGAGAAGCUCCAGGGCGUGGAGGAGACCAACAUCGAAUUACUGGUGUGCAACUAUGAGCCCCCGGGGAACGUGAGAGGGCGAAAACCCUACGAGGAGGGGACGCCGUGCUCCCAAUGUCCCUCUGGCUAUAGCUGCAAGAACGCCCUGUGCGAACCCACCAGAGGCCCGGCUGAGGCCCAGGAUUUUCCUUCCCUGGUAACCGAGGCCCCGUCCUCCCUGGCACCUGAAGCCUCAGACCCUAACAGAACCGUUACUCCUUCCCUAGCAACCAAGAGUCCAUCCUUCUUGGUAACCAAGGUCUCAGGCUCCCUAGCAACCAAUGCUUCCUCAACUGUAGCAACCAAGGCCUCAGCCUCUUUAGCAACAAAAGACCCCUUCUCCAUGGCAACGGGGGCGCCACCUUCCAGAACAACCGAGGCCCCUUCCCUUUCGUCAGCCCACAGCCUGCCCGGUGUGGAUGAGAGGCCAGUUACUCUCCCCAAAUCCACCCGCGGCCCCACCCCACGAUUGGCAGUCGAGGUCCACAGCACAAGAGUGCCCUCUAUGAGCCCAGAGAGAUCUCUGCACUCCAAGAUGUCCCCAACAGGGACAGGGGAGCCCCUGCCCCAUGCCCCAGAGGAGGCAGAGGCUGAGGCACAGGCUGAGGAGGCCAAGGUGCCUCCUAGUGAGGUCUCCGCCUCAGCGUUUCCAGCCCAGGACAAGCCAGGUGAGCUGCAGGCCACGCUGGACCACACGGGGCACACCUCCUCCAAGUCCCUGCCCAGACUCCCCAAUCCCUCUGCCACCGCUAAAGCCAUGGGUGGGCGUGCCCUGGCCCUGCAGUCGUCCUGGGCAGGUGCAGAGGGCCCUGACAACACUGGCUUCAAGUCAGGGCUGAACUCAGGUCCUGGUCGUGUGUGGGGUCCUCUCCUGGGACUGCUGCUCCUGCCUCCCCUGCUGUUGGCUGGGAUCUUCUGAUGGGACACCACGCAAAGGCAAGGCCUGCUGAGGGUACCCGACUUCACGGCCACUCUGGAUUGUCCGUCUCUGAGUGAGAGGCCACGCGUUCCUGGGUGGGUCCUGAUCUGUGGCCCAGCAGCCCGUCGCCCCAGCUUUUGGCCAGAUUCCAGGCACUCUGGUCUCCUCGGGACUCAGGAGGCUUCGGGGCCACCCCCCUGUUAUGCUUAAGAGGGCCCUGCCUCUGCUGAGCACUCCCCCCAGCCAGUUGCAGGCUGAGCGGUAGUUCCGUGGCUGAGUGACCAUUCUCCUCAGGCUGUCCUGUGGCCAUGGGUCUGCUGUCUCAGAGAGAGGAUCUUGGGCUUCCCAGGAACCCCUGGGCUCACAGUCCCCUGGCCUCUCCUCGAACCACCCUGGAGCUGUUCCCAGAAAUGCCUCCCGCCUUCCCAGGGUGAAGAGGUCUGCUGUCCUCCGGCCAGCCCUCCACCUGUGCCUCCCCCUAAACAAGAUGCUUCUUGGCAGAAGACACUCUGGCAGGGAGAGGCUGCGGGGACAGUGCCUCACCCUUGGCACCUUGGAGCAUAUGACCUGGCUGGCUGUGAGCCCGGCUGCGCCUGUGCACGGGCCCAGCCCCCCCACCCCUCCCACCCAAGUCCUGGGUCAGGUGGGGGUCCGGGUGCUCACUGCUAUGCAGCCCAAGGUUCUUCCCGACCUGCGACCUGCGUGGCUAGGAGGGGACCUGAGGGCAAAUGAAGGACAAGCCCCACUUGAGUGGGGUCCUGGGGAGGGGCGGCUGGGACCAGGGAGGGAUGCGGCCCUGACUGCUGAAUAAAGGCCUGACUGUGCAUCGGAA